AUGGCAAUGAAAUUUCAAGUUUUGCUCUGCGUGUUUGCAUUACUCCAGCUGUCUGUCGGUAAGUAAAAAUUGUAUCAAUUUGUAAUGAAGUAAUUAAGUUUUAUGUUAACAUUUUCCUCAACAAGUGGCGUGCGAAGGCAUUCAAUAAGUCGACAUACGUGUGCAAUAACAGUUCCCUCCCUUUUUGGCGCAUUUUUGCCAGUUCUAUCGCCACUACAGCACUUCUCUCCUUUUACCAAGAGAAGUUUUCCCCUUCCGGUUUGCUAUAAUCUGGAAGUCCAAAAACCGGGCUGCGGUGGCGACCACCUCGUACACAUAGCCAUCGUUGAUUCUGGGUAUACGAGAUUGCGAGAUCACGCCAAAAACCCGAAGUGCCUGGUUUAACCAGAGUCGCACGUCGGGUCUUUAAAAUUGAAGCCAUUUGAGUGUGGGUAUAUAGGCAGUAGACUAGGCGAACUUUUGAAGUCGAAGCGAGGGAACUGCGAUUAAAUUGUCUAACCUUUAUAUCCCUUUAACUGGUAUUUAUAACUUAUAUACUGUAUCCACACGUGCAUAUUUGUUUUACAUGUCGUUUCUUCCCUCUAGAGGCGCAAUAUCUGAAUGAGGUGGAACAGAGUCCCGAACGAGAGAAGAAUGUCCAGGAGGGAUGUAAGUGAAAUAUUUCAUUUUAUGCACCAUGCACAUAAUGGCUAUGCUGUCGUCCUAAUUAUUUACUAUUAAAAGUUUGCGCAUGCACUGUGUCUGGUACGGAGAUCGUCUCCCGCGCACGACUAGAACAGCACGCCACUGGAACAGCACAAAUAGAAAAGCAUGCAACACGACUUGCAAGCAGUUAUUUGACUGGACUGAGAUACUCAGUGUAACAUCAGCAAAAAAUUAAACCCCUGACUUCAACACAAGUUCCACCACAACAACCACCAGACGUUCUAUCGUUCAGGUUAAGAGAGUGUUCAAUGGUACGUUAGUAUUCAUGUUUACUUUUGAUCCGGUUUCCUAUUUUCAUCACAGCUUGCCAGUGGGGAGUCAAUGUCUGGUACAAGCCUGGAAUGUCGGUGCGAUGUAAUUGUAUGAAAUGGUAAGUAUCUUGUCAAAGUUUCCGCAUGUCUAUUCUAUCUCUCAGACGUAGGUUCCGCCUUCAUUCCGCUUCAUUUGUGUUUAAAAUGACUGCAUUCCAACAUGCCGUAGCCCGUAAGAAACGAUGACGGAGUACUUUUUCAAGGCAAAGAAUUGGAAAUCGUAUAGAAAAUAAUAUUGCAUUGUAAUUUCAAUAUAUCUUUUGUUUUUGUCAAGACUGUAACUGUAAGAAGUAAUAUAUAUUUCAGUAUCAGUUUCUCAGAUCAUUCCAUACUAAUAGUCGCAUCGAGAAUUACCAUCGUGUGCACCAUUCAUUUGCCCAUUGUACCUUCCUUAAAUAACGACCAGGAUCUCAUUCUUACCUCUGAGGGUUAGUAGGUAAAUGCCAUGAUAAAUGGGAACUAUUUUAUUUUAAUUUCCUUUUAAUUAAAUUUAGUUCACGCUUAUAGAGAUUAUCUUCUUUUUAUCUUUUCUUGUGCCUGUUGCACACAUGCAUGUGAUGCAGUGAGAUGCUUUUGCUGAACUAGCAAAGUUGUCAUUCGUGUAUCAGAUACAGCUAUUUCAAUUCAGGUUGUCCCCAAGCAAGCGGAAAAGUCGAAUACGAGCGCGAAAGGCUUGCUAGGAAUCGCCAAAAAAUUAAAAUACUACGGCCAAUACAAGAAGAGUCAAUUUAAAUGAUGUUAUAUGUUAUAUUUGUGUAGUACUUGCGCCGGGCGAGGAAAAUGGAAUUGUGCAUAUGCGUUUGAAUAUUGUCCGUACUAUUGUAAGUAAUUUACACUUUAGAGGCACGUUGGAGUGGGGUUAAUGGGACACUUCCAGUUCUAUACUUCUAGUCUAAUUGGUACAUAUGUCAAAUAUGCAAUUUAUGCAACGCAAUAAAUUGUGGUUAAUGAAGUAAUAUGUCAAAGAAGACUCUAUUUGCCUUAUGGAAAUGCCAAUCUGUCAUCAAAACUACUGCACUUGGAAAACAAGGCAGAUUGAACCUUGGCAACAGCACGUGAACACGUCAUGCACUUGGGUUUAAUCAAUCAACUCUUCUUAAAUAUAUCCGUCGCAACAAUACAAUGGCCCCAUUCUUAGUGAAAGACAUUUAGUUACAGGCUAUAUGCUUCACGCCUCAUUCGCAAUAUUCUAACCAGAGCGUAAGCUACCAAAACCUGGUAUACAAAAAAACCCACCCACCACCCCAGAGCCGAACCUGCCUGCUUAUACAAUCUAUAGAUCGACAUGCUUUCGAUCUAUACAAUCCAAUUCAGCCUAAUUGCUUAAUUAUUUAUGUAAAUAUAUAACUUAUACAUCUGUACCAGAAUUGCAGAAUGAAAUAAAUAAAUAAUGGCAGGGAAGUGCCGUCCUUUUGGACAACACUUCGCCACGUGAAGUGUAUUUUUACAGGUCAUUCAGGUCGCAGUGCGACCUAAUGACCUGACCUAGAGACUCGAUGGGUAAGUCAUUUCAGUUGAGUUACCAUCAGUUGUUCACCAGUUCAACUAGUACUCAACAUCAACGAGCUGACUGACCUGAACGGGGGUUCGCCUGUUCCCCUGUUAUCUAGAGGUUCACCUUUUCCUCUAUGAAAAACCUACAGUUUUUGCAUGCUCUGUCAGGUCUUGAGUACCCAUACUGUCUCAGUAUACCAGUGGUGGUCCCCAGACCAUCAGGACUCAUAUGUCGCUGAACAACAUGCACAGAGCCGCGUCACUCCCUCUGCAAUCUAGAGGUCCGCCUGUUCCUCUAGGUAAAACGUAGGUUAGCGAGAGCCUCUAGACCGUUCGAGCACUUCCUUGCCCAUAAUAUAUGCCACAAAAACCUGUCUGCUGUGUGUUUUUGUUUUCUGGUUUCUUGGUUUUUUUUCAAACUGCGGUUUGGAUGCCAGUUAUUUCAACAUAUUAAACUUCAUUAACAUGUGUUUAUUAGUUAACUGUGCAUGUGUUUUAUAGUAUAUGUUUAAGUAAGAGUUAUAUACUUUUAUAUCGUACCAUUUUUUAAACCUACAGAAGAUGGAGUUGUGCCCGAAAUGUUGUAAUUUAAUAAUACUUAUUUGCUAAGCCUGUGGUCUGAUUCACUGACACACUUUAUUAAUUAUGAAAUUAUUGCACUAUUGUGAUAUAAAGCACUUCAGUGAAAAGCAAGCUUAAAAACGACGGUCUAACUUAUCGUAUUUUAAACUUCCUAUAGCUUGUGGCGGGGUACAGUACAAUCCUAGUACGGAAAUCUGCUGCUGUGGCAAAGUGUAUGCAAAGAAAAGCAAGUAUUCCUGCUGUGGCUAUUUCUACUACAACACUCGAACCUCCAAAUGUUGCAACUACUACACAGUUUUACCGAAGGCUGCUAACUGCCCAAGAUUCCAAAUCUAAGUUUGCCUCGACUAUCUUCAUGGAUGGAAUGAUCUCAGUUUGGGACCGCUGA